CAGGCGUGGGGGCCGCGGCGUGGGGGCGGUCCUGGCGAGGUCUUGGGCCUGGGCUGUGGUCGGGGGGCCAGGGCCGGAGAUGUGGGGUUCGAUCCCGAGGCGAUGCUCCUGGACACUCCCUCCCAUUUCUGUCUCUUUCCCCGUCUUCUCAGUGUGAUUUUCUUGACUCCACUUUUUUUGCAAAGAUUGACUUUGUCUCAGCAUCUACAAAUGCUUCAUCAAGAUUGGAUUAAAGCCAGUUUUUAGGUUGGCUUUGGAAAAAAAAAAAGUGAAAAGAGAAUGCUCCACUUUAACCGAUGUCAACAUCUGAAACAAAUAACCCAGAAAUGUUUUUCUUUUAUACAUGCUAAAACGGAUAAACAUGCACAGCUAUAUCUUUCAAGAACCUUUGCACUUGCAGAAUUAAGGAAGUCAUGUCACUCAGUUCACUCUCUUGUUGGAGACAAAAAUAUUAUCCUGAUGGGAUUGCCUGGAGCUGGGAAAACAACAGUAGGCAGAAUAAUAGGGCUGAAACUAGGCUGUUGUGUCAUAGAUGUGGAUGAUGAUAUCCUUGAAAAAACCUGGAAUAUGAGUGUGUCUGAAAAAUUACAGGAUGUUGGUAAUGAACAAUUUUUAGAAGAGGAAGGAAAAGCUGUGUUAAACUUCUCUACAUCUGGAAGUGUGAUUUCCCUUACUGGGUCUAACCCAAUGCAUGACACUAGCAUGUGGCAUCUGAAGAAAAAUGGAAUAAUUGUAUACCUGGAUGUACCUCUAAUAGAUAUAGUUAAUCGUCUAAAAUUAAUGAAAAUAGAUAGGAUUGUAGGUCAGAAUUCUGGGACAGCUAUGAUAGACUUACUUAAAUUUAGAAGGCAGUAUUAUAAGAAGUGGUAUGAUACCCGUGUUUUUUGUGAAAGUGGGGCUUCCCCAGAGGAGGUAGCUGACAAAGUGCUUAAUGAAGUUAAAAGAUACCAAGAUGUGGACUCAGAAACCUUCAUUUCAACAAGACACGUUUGGCCUAAAGACUGUGAACAGAAGGUUACGACAAAAUUCUUUAGUGAAGCUGUGAUUGAGGGGUUAGCUUCUGAUGGUGGACUCUUUGUUCCUGAGAAGGAAUUUCCAAAAUUAAACUGUGGGGAGUGGAAAAGAUUAGUAGGAGCAACCUACAUAGAAAGAGCACAAAUACUGUUGGAAAAGUGUAUACAUCCUGCUGACAUACCUGCUGCCAGAUUGGGAGAAAUGAUUGAAACUGCUUAUGGGGAAAACUUUGUCUGCUCAAAAAUUGCCCCUGUCAGGCAUCUUUCAGGCAACCAGUUCAUCCUGGAGUUGUUUUAUGGACCAACAGGAUCAUUUAAAGAUUUGUCUUUACAGCUUAUGCCUCAUCUUUUUGCACACUGUAUUCCACCCAGUUGCAAUUAUAUGAUACUUGUAGCAACUUCAGGAGACACAGGGAGUGCUGUCUUAAAUGGUUUUAGUAAUCUUAAUAAAAAUGACAAGCAAAGAAUAGCUGUGGCCACGUUUUUUCCUGAGAAUGGAAUAAGUGAUUUUCAAAAAGCACAGAUAAUUGGCAGUCAGGAAGAAAAUGGAUGGGCAAUGGGUGUCAAGUCAGAUUUUGAUUUUUGCCAGACAGCUAUAAAAAGAAUUUUUAAAGAUUCUGACUUUACUGGCUUUCUUACUGUGGAAUAUGGAACAAUCUUAAGUUCAGCUAAUUCCAUAAACUGGGGCCGAUUGCUUCCCCAAGUAGUUUAUCAUGCUUCUGCAUAUCUUGAUCUUGUUAGCCAAGGCUUUAUUUCCUUUGGAAGCCCAGUGGAUGUCUGUAUUCCCACAGGAAACUUUGGUAACAUUUUAGCUGCAGUGUAUGCCAAAAUGAUGGGAAUCCCUAUUCGAAAAUUUAUUUGUGCCUCUAAUCAGAACCACGUUUUGACUGAUUUUAUAAAAACAGGACGUUAUGACCUAAGAGAAAGGAAAUUAGCACAAACUUUUUCACCAGCAAUAGAUAUUCUUAAAUCUUCAAACCUGGAACGACAUUUACACUUGCUGGCUAAUAAAGAUGGACAAUUAAUGAAAAAAUUAUUUAAUCAAUUAGAAGAGCAGCAUCACUUUCAGAUAGAAAAGAAUCUAGUUGAGAAACUUCAGCAGGAUUUUGUAGCCGACUGGUGCUCUGAGGGAGAGUGCCUCGCAGCUAUUCACUCCACCUACAAUAAUUCCGGGUAUAUUUUGGAUCCACACACUGCUGUUGCAAAAGUGGUUGCAGAUAGAAUGCAAGACAAAACCUGUCCAGUGAUUGUCACAUCUACAGCUCAUUACUCAAAGUUUGCACCUGCUAUCAUGCAGGCCUUAAAGAUUCAAGAAAUCAACCAAACUUUGUCAAGUCGGCUUUAUUUACUGAGUUCAUACAAUGCAUUACCUCCACUACAUGAGGCUUUAUUAGAGAGGACAAAACAGCAAGAGAAGAUGGAGUAUCAGGUCUGUGCAGCUGAUGUGAAUGUCCUGAAGAGUCAUGUGGAAAAACUAAUACAAAAUCAAUUCAUAUAAGUUUUCUGAGUAAAAUAAUUUUUUUGUUAAUAACCAUGCAAUAAUAAAUCACAAAAAUUGA